UGAUGAGCAGGGUUGUGUACAUUUCGAUGUUGUUUCUUUCUAAAAAAGUUUGGAAAAGUGCAAAUAAUCAAGCUUCAGUGGACUGAGUGCUUAAGAUUACUGAACUCAAGAAAAGUGCUCAAAAUCGACCGCGACAAUGCUGGCUGUGUCUCAAUCCAUGCCAACGGAGGAGAUUCUCACUUGCCUCCACAUUCAGUUGUAUCAUCCUGACCAAGCCAUGCAACCGCUUUACAGCCUACUGAAUUUAAACUAUCCUUACAAGAUCUCUGCAGAAGACCCGAUCAGGCUGGGCAGAGAUGGACAAAUGUGCAAUUUUUUGCUGAAUGAUACCCAUGUCUCCCGAAAGCAGGUCUCUUUCCAUGCAUAUCGUAAGGCCGGUAGCCGGGACAUGCGCUUCAGUGUGCAAAACAUGAGCCAGAGAGGCAAGGUUUCAGUGAGUGGGGUUGAACUGGGCCACCUUGAGCGGGCUGAUCUGGAGGACAAGGCCCUCCUUCGGUUUGGGAAGUACGAGUUGCUGAUUUGGAGGGAUCUUGGGGAGGCACAAGAGUGUUUUGAGGUUGUGUUUGAGAAGCUAAAUAUUCCUCCUUCAAGGGAAAUGGGAAUAGAUGUGCCUUGCCGGUUAGCUGUGAUGGAUACAAGUGUGAGAAAUUACCAGAAUGGGCCACCCCUUAGUCAAGAGCCACUGGAAAGUGACGAGACUCUGUAUGUGAGCUAAACUUGUAGCUUUAUGAACAAGUGAUGAGUUCACCAAGUGCUGUUCUGGAUGUUAUUACUGAAUCAUGAACAAUGGAUAUUGCUGCUUAAGUUACACUUUUUCCAAGUGUGUUUUAUGUUUAUGUAAAUAAAGGCUUAGUAAUACCUGUAGCUUUUUUGACUGAAGCUUUAUAUUUAGCCUUUAUGUUUGUGUUGUUUUCUUGAGAAACAUAUUUAAGCAUGUAUUAGUAUUAUUUUGCAUUAUAUUUAAUCUUACAAUAUUAUCUAUCUAAUGUGUCAUUCUAAAGUAUUUCGUUUAGCAUUUAAAUGUGUGUGACAGCAUGUGAUCCCUUGACAUGUGAAAUGAUUAAGGAAGGAUAAUGGUUUUUAAAGUGUUCUCUUCUUGCCCAGCAUUUACUUUGUACUUGGAGGGCAAAACUAUAAUGAAUAAAUAACACCAAGUUUC